UGUUAUUGCUAUUGCUAGUCAGAGACAGCUCUGGCCUAGGGUGUGGCUUAGGUACUCUAUAGCGCCACCUAGUGCAUUGUCUGUUGUGGUUGACACAAACAUUCACGACAAUUAACCAAAUUUGGUGGGCUUGUGGGUUAUUACUGCUGCUAGUCAAAGACAGAGCUCUGGCCUCGGGUGUGGCUUAGGGACUCUAUAGCGUCACCUAGCACAUUGUCUGUUGUGGUUGACACGUACAUUCAAGACAAUAGCCUUUAUGACACGACCUACGCUCUAAAUAUUAGCCAGCCACUGUACUUCCGGUGCGUGCGUUAGCGUUCGUUAAUGAAUCUCUAGUAAAGCCAACAAUAUGGCAGUGUUUUUCUCCCGGUCCCUGCAGGAUUUACCCCGCAUAAACGUUAGCGAUGUGAGUCGCAUCAUUGCUCAUCAUUGCUCAACAUCAGCAGCGAUGAAGAAUAAAGGAUUCAGACUGUAUGUAACAAACUACAUACACAACUACGAAGAUUGUUCUGAAGGAUUCAAAGCCUGUGACGAUGGAAAGCUGUUCGUGUACGUGUGUGGCUGGCACUGCCCUGUGCAACCACGUGGCAGCUCUAAUGUAUCAAACAGCGCACUAUUCACAGCUGGAGCUCAAGGCCGUUCCACCAGUGCACAGCUGCACAGAGACAGAGCAGAGGUGGCACAAACCACGAACCAUGGGUGUUAAACCUGGUCUGGUGAGUAAGAUGGUGGUCCUCUCAGCCCGACCAAAAGAAAGAAGGCUUGUAGAAGGAAUCAGAAGCAACCUGUAUAGGGGAGUAACUUCCCCUUUGCCUGUACCAGCCACACUUAAUGUCGGAGCAGUGUACCAGGACAUUCCAGCUGAUCUGGCUCCCAUGAUAACAACGAUGUCGAUAUCAAAGGAUGUACCUCUGGUUGACUCCAUGUUCGGGAGAGUUCAGGAGGGAAGUGUGCUGUCAUAUCAGAUGCCCGCAAAGGUAGUGCCCCGCACCUUUCCACAUGAAGAUGCUCCUUCACCCCCACAGCUGCCACUCAGUGAUUACAGACUUCAGCCAUCAAACUGUGCUUUUGUCUACACUGAACAGCAACAUCAUCACAUGGCAUCCCUAGAAACAUCACUAGAGAUGGCACACAAAAUAGAAGUCUCUACUAAAAAACAGAGUACCUGUACUGAGUGGCACCAACUUCGACACCCCCGCAUCACCUCGACCAGAUUUAGAGAGGUCUCUCACACAAAAGCACUAACAUCUGCUGAAAAUCUGGCCAAACGACUUCUCAGACCUUGCCAUCAGACAGCUGACAUGAGGAGGGGGCUUGAAAUGGAAUGUACAGCGAUAGAGGAAUACUGUAGAGUAAGAGAAGUUAACCACUAUCAGUGCGGGUUUCUUAUUCAUCCUGAUGCCCCAUGGAUGGGCUCAUCCCCUGAUGGGAUAGUCUAUGACCCCAAGAGCCAGCCUGUCUUUGGACUGGUUGAAGUUAAGUGUCCAAACGUUCCAAGCUAUGUGGACUGUCCAUACAUUGCACUCUCUGAUGGAACACCAUCUUUGAGGAAAACCCAUCCUUACUUCUGGCAGAUACAGGGCCAGAUGCUGAUUUCUGGAUGUGAGUGGUGUGAUUUUGUUGUUUACACACAGGAAGACAUGUUCGUGGAAAGGAUUCCCCGUGACAAUGAAAUCACAGACAUCAUCAAAGAGAGGGUUGAUCACUUUUUUUUCUGUUUUUCUGUUUUUCUUUUUUCCGUUUUCACUUUCUUGUGUAGCAAAGAGUGAGAUGUUACGUUUUUUUAUUUUUUUAUUUAAUGUCCACAUUUAAAGAAACACAUGAACAUGAGUUUAAUAAAAUGGCUGAC